GCGUCGCCCUUGUUCAGCUACCAGCAUCCGACCCAGUGGCUCGGUGAGAUGGAUGACCCAUAACUACACGUGGAGUGUUUCGGCGGAGCAGCACGAGGUAGCGUUUUGCAGUCCCACUCGGCGCACCACAUCCAUUGGGAUUCGGUGAAGUUGACCUCCCUAGCAGAGGGAGCCAUCGUGGAAUGAGCCGAAAUAAAACAAUGUCUGAUCGUUCCGAAGCCACGUCUGCCGAGGAUGUCGCCGCCUCCUUCCACCUCGCCAAUCGAGCGGGCUACAAUUACGUCCAUUUGCGUCAGUGGGAGCUUUUCGAGAAGUCAUUAGCCAACCUUUGGACGCCAGACCACCCUGAUGGAGUGUCAGUUGAGUUGGCCGUUGAGAAGAGCAGUCGCCUGAUCCUCUCAUCUGACCGGGUGCAGAGUCAACCUGAGCUUAGCCGAGAACGCCCUCAUGCACAGCGAGGUUGCCGAGUACUGUACAUCGGGAGAAAUCUAGCUGUCGCACCUGUCCACCAUCUCACGUAUGGUUCUGGGCCGAAGGGAUCUCCACGCCUUAUUAGACAGGCCCUCGCAUCCUACCUCAACUCCAGCUUCCAACCCCACAGAGCCGUCCGGCAUGAGGACAUUCUGGUGCUAUCCGGAGUAACUUCUGUCAUCGACAGUCUCGCAUGGUCCAUAUGCGAUGAAGGCGAGGGCAUCAUCAUCCCGCAGCUCACCUGGCCACCGUACAUAGUCCAAGAGAUCUGGGCCAAGAUGCUCGACGACAAGAGUUUCACCGAGAACUUCUUGAUGGUGAAUCGGCAGCGCUUAGGUGACCAGUAUGCGUUUGCAACGCGGUUCUUGGACGAGCACGGAAUCGCGUAGCUAAUCACGGAAUAGGAAUGCCGGCAUGUUUAUACGGAUCGAUCU